AUGGGCCAACACUACCGCGCCGACACCCGCGAUGGCUCCAUCGGUUUCAUCAAGGCCAUCUGGAAGAGCGCCCGCUGGUGCCAGUGGGUCGAGCCCACCGAGGGUGCCGAGGGCCCCGCCAAGGGCGUGCUCUUCUUCCGCAACCAGAACGGCCUGGGCACCUCGCCUGCCAAGAUGGCCCCCGCUGCCCAGUAG